AUGGCCGCCUGUGGCGACUCGGCCCUAGUGAAGCUACAGGCAAAGGAGCAUGGCAUCGCCCAGAAGUACAAGGACAACAGGCACAGUCCUUGCAUGCAACCCAUGGGCUGCAGAGAGCAGGAAAAUGAGAGAGAAGCUGCUCCAUGCAGUGAGAAAGGGACGCCAGCAUCCAGUGCUGGCCACAGGGCAGGAGCUGCUGAAGCCAGACAAUGUGCACCCACUCUGGAGAGAGCAGAUGAGCCUGAUGUACACUCAGAGCCUGCCGUCUCUAAGUUGCCAUCAAAUGAAGAAGAAGCUGUCCAGCAUAGUAGCAAAAGCUCUGACAGUGAGGACACAGAAAGAACAGUGGAGCCAGAGUCUGACUUGCUCGUUUUCUCCCCGAGCCUUGAAAUUCAUCAGUCAUCCGAAAGUGCUGCUGAGCAAAUGCUUCAGAGAGAACGUGAGCAAUGGCUGCGUUUGCAAGAAAAGCUCUAUCGCGAAAUCUCUGAGAUGCAAGAAAGCAACAAGAGCUUGUCUCAGCAGCUGAGCAAAGCUGAAGGAAAAGCUAGUAGGCUUGAGAAGGAAGUUGAGCAAUUGAAAGAAAUGCUCCAGGAGAAGACAUUGUUUUUAAAAACAACAGAACGAGUGUUACAGCAGGUCAGGAAGCAGGCAAAGAAAUGUCAUGGUCUAUGCUCUCAGAAACCUCAAGUGAAAAAAGAGGCUGCAGAGAAUCAAGUCCUGCAGGAACAACUGGCCCAGCUCCAAAGCAAAAACCUUUCACUCUGUCAGCAGCUGGAAGACAUGCAGAAGAAGACCAUCCAAGAAAGAAUGGUGAGUGAUGUCUUAAAAUGCAAAACUGACAAAGUGGGAAAAAAAAAAGGUGAACGUGGAUAAAGAAAAACAUAAAGGGGAGCAGCUCACAAAGUCACUUGACACUUUGAGAAUUUAGCAGGAGAAUUUACGUGCAUGGGAGGCCAUCACUUGGGUUGGCUCUGUUUUCUUCCAUUUAUGUUGUUAUUCCAGAAGGGUUUGUCAAGUAGCAUAUCCUUGCUCUAAACCCAGAAUCACAGAAUCAUUUAGGUUGGAAGAGACCUCCAAGAUCACCCAGUCCAACCUCUCACCUAACACUAACAAGUCUUC